GAGACUAAUAGCAGAGUGACACAGCUGCCUUAAAGAAGCAAAAAUAAACCUGAAGAAAACCUGUGGAGUAUUCUUUUAUUGGUGACUUUGGAAGAAGAGCUUUCUAAUCCACCUGAGCUGAACUACAGGAGCCAAAAUGAAAACGAUCUUCCACUCCUUCCUCUAUUGCUGCCUGCUGGCUUCAGUAGCGCACUGUGUGGAACUUGAGGUGAAUCCCGUGUUGAAAAAAAGACUAAGCAUAUGGCUCGGGAGCAGACUGAGACGGGAUCUUGAAAGUGUUGCAGUAGAGAAGACAACAGAGUCAGAAUCCUUUGUUAGACCAGAGGACAUCAGGGAUACCUUGUUGCCACAUUCCAGCACUGACAUUAAAAUCCGAACCAAGAGGUCCAAAGGUUGCGUGUUGGGUACCUGUACAGUGCAUGACCUAGCACACCGCCUACAACAGCUCAACAACAAAAAGCUGAAGACCGGCGCCCCUAUUGACAAGAUGAGCCCUCAGGGAUACGGCCGGAGGCGCAGGUCUGUUCCAGAGAGGCAACUCUCCCUGAAGGUGGAGAAAGGCAGGUUGAGACCAGUGUGGAGGCUGAACGACUCACAAGUACACAAGCUUGAGGCUCUACUGAGAAGGACAUGAGAAGGACUCUAAAAGAAGAAUUGGGAGCAAAAAGCAAGGGAGUUGGACUCCCUAGUGUGUGUCCCUUUCUGCUUGGCUUUGAAAUUCUCUAAAUGCCUCUAAAAGACUCUCGCCAAGUUACUCCAGCACAUUCGUUCCAAAAAGGAGGACUGAGUCAGAGUGAAUCUGGUUGCAGUCGUAUUGGGAUGCUAGAACUGUAAACAGCUGGCUCAAAGACACUGAAUGGCACAGUGUGGAGCUACAGGUGCUGCUUUCUGUGUGGUGGUGAAAAUGUGAUGAGUUCAGAUGCCUGUGUGCACAUCCUAAAAGAGGGAACCUUCUACUAACCUAUUCCUCAAGGCCUAGACUUUGAAAAGUGCCAUCCUCGAAGGACUACACCACCAUGUUCCAUUAGACUGCUAAUAAUGGCUUGCACUUUUCCUUUUGAACUUAAGCAAAAUGAAUCAUUAAGAAAGAAAUCAUUAUCAUUAUGCCUAAAGAGCUUUAAUGCUCUUCAUUUAUAUCAUGUUUUGGACACUGUAUGAGAGAAAAUGCCUUAGAUUAUGGGAGCUAUGUGCCAAUCCAUACUGGAUUUAACUAUACUUGAAAAUGCAUUUGUUUGUAAAAAAAAAUCAAAACAAAAACAUGUGCAAUCUUUUUUUUAUUGCAGAUAUUUGUGUGUGUGUAUAUAUGAAUUCCUUUAUUUAAAUAUUAUAUAGAGGUUACAUUAAAGUCCUUAUGCAGAUAAAGCUAUUUUUGUACAGAAAGAUUUAUAUAAAUAUAUAUAUAUAUAUAUAUAGAGAGAGAUGGGCAUUGUAGCUAUUUGUCAUCAUUCCUUUGCAAACUGUGGUAAAUGGAUGUGUUUUAAAUGUAUGUUAUUUUAUAUUUGUAAAUGUAUUU